AUGGCGCGCGUAGCUAUGACAGGGACCGCGGCCGCGGACCCGGUGGCGGACGGGGCUGGCGCGCAAGCGCCGGCCACCGUCGUACUGCCGGGGAUGCGCAGCGGACCCUGGAAUCGCUCCGAUCGCGCGCAACUGGAGGACGCGGUGGGUGUCGCACGGUUGUUCGGUGCAUCGUGUGUCAGGCUGAUAAGGCCUGGCUACGCGACCAUCGAGGUCGACCUGAAGCACGAGAAGGCCGCGGGCGACCGCGAGUCGGUGAAGGUGGCGGAGCGCUCGUACAUCGAGCGCACCGCGCCGAAGAAGAAGGAGCUCACUGAUGAGCAGCUCGCGGCUCGAACCGCGUCACGCAAGGCCAAGAAGAUCCGGCAGAAGGAGCGCCGGGCGAAGGAGGCUGGCGAGCGCGCCGCGAACGAGGCCGAGAACGCGGAGCGCCCGCGCGCGCAGCUGCGCGAGAACAUCGAGUACGUGAUGGCCGGGCUGCGGUCUGCAGCUGCGCAGGCGCGCAGCCAGGCCGGGUCCAAAAUAGGAGUCGAAUACUCGCUGCCCCCGGAGAGGGACGACGGGUAUCGACGCGGCCCCAGCAAGGUGUACGCCACAGUUCCCCAGGGGACCGUGGCGACGACGGUCGCCCCGGACUGGCUCGCGAACGAGCUGGCCGGGCGCGGCAAGAUUGAUGCGGCAUGCCGCGACCGCAUGGUCAUGCACCUGAUGACGGCCGCCGGCGCCUGGCGCUUCCGGCCUGUUCCGCGCCUCUUUUUACGCUUUUCAUUGGAGAGGGGGGGACGAGGUCUCAUCAACUUCGAAACCGCCUUUGAAAGGGGGGAAAUGCGUCCGUCCCUAAGCGGGUUGAGGCGGGGGUGGUUUUAUUGCGAAUUGCUGGGGAUGCCAGCGGCGCCUGCCAGGCGCCUGCUGGGCCGCGUGGGCGAGAACGCGGUGUCGCGUCGUAACAACGGGCAGGCCCUUCGGUACGGCGCGGACCGCUAUUACGAGGUCGCGUACAGUAUGCCCAAUGGCGCCGUUCUCUUCCGGUGCUUCAUUGAGAGCGAGUCGACCAAUGACCCUGAGACGGCCCAGACGGCCGAGAUCGUGUGGUGCUACAACGGGGAGGACCUCGCUGCCUACAAGGACGAAGCUCCAGCGCCGCCACCACUUGAUGCGACCUCGGACGACGACGCGCUGGCAGAGGACGCCGCCUUUGCCCCUGGCGCCCGCGUCGAUGCCCGAUAUAAAAAACAGGCGAGGUGGUACCCAGGCUACGUGACGAAGGUCGUGCAGACGAAGAGGGGAACGACCGGCUUCCGUGUCCACUUUGACGACGGCGACACCGACGUGCUGCCGGCCGGCUUCAUCCGCCAGCGGGUCGACAUCGUCUCUCUGCGGGAGAGCUCCCACGCCGACUAA